AUGGCGCCGUCUUUGCGAGGCCAACAGGACAAUGAGUCUGUAUCCUCUAUCGACAGCUUCGAUCCAGACCCCACCGUUGUACAAAAGACCAUCACUCGACAAGAAGCUAUCGAUCAAGCCGAAGAUUUUAUUCGCAAGAUUAGUAGCCUUGACUUUGAUCAGGACGCUCUGAAGCCAAGAAUGGCCGAGUGUAUGAGCGAACCUGUUCUCCGGGUUCUGCCUCCUGAUCUGAAAGCCAGUGUCCAUAUGUGGUGCUGGCACUGCAAUUUGGAAUGGUUCCACAAGCUCUCCAAAUUUCUCGACGAGGAUCUCACAGAGUGGAACUACACUGUUGAGGUUCCUAACCGACGAAAGGAUAUGGCUUUGUGUGACCUCGGUGCGGAUAUCCUUCGCUCCUACGUCGCCGACUUGAAGCCACUGCGCAAGAGACUCCCUGAGCCAGAGCGCCGAGAACUCGUCAACAAAGUCUGA